UCAGUAACAGUGCGGAGGACUUGAAUUAAACCAACCGGAUAUGCUCCGCCCCAAAUAGGAAAUAAGACGCGAUAAUCGUCAUCACCUUUGCAUUGUGAUGACUUCACUCUGUGUGAUAUCUGUAGUACCUAUACCAGUCAUUGUCCGGGUAUCGAAGGAGUGGCUUUUGGGAAGUACCCAGCAGAGUUCAUAUGUAUACAUAGAUCAUUGCUGAGAUAGUGGUCCAACAUCGAAUGUGCACUCCACACCCACGAUUUCACCUCAAUUUUCGUUUUUCGUUUGAAAAAAUAGCGUUGUCAGUGUUACACGAAAUUGUUGCUUCGAGCAGCGAAAAAAAACCGAUGCAAAUGCGCAAUAGGGAGAAUCCCUGGAUUCAUUCACAAUUGAUCGAGGGAGUUUGGUAUUAAUGAGCGCAUUGUUUGACGAGUGUUGCAACAAUUAAGCCGGUGGAGAUUAAUAAAUGACUGUCAACGUGACAAGGACACGUCGCCAGUAUCGCUGUGUAAUCAGAUACUGAGAUUCCCACAAUAGCUGGGUGUAUAAAAAAAUGUUCUCCUGCUGUGCUUGCACCAAGAAAUCGAAGAAAGCUGAUGUGAAAAAGACGACAGGUAAACGUCAGGAUGAUGCAGAGGGUGAGGAUGAAGUGGGAAGUCCGGAGGCUGAUGAUGGUGGGAUGAUUACUGAGAAGUUGAAUGGCGAUACCAGAGAUGCUGAGACAGCAUUGGAGAACGACGAUGACGAUGUUGAUAAGGUGGACAUUAUUGAAUCGAAGUCCCUGCCUUCGGAGGACGUUUCGGAAUUGGCUGAGGAGUCUGUGAAGCUGGAGGAGGAGAAGCAGCUGAACCUCUCUCUGGGGAAUAGACAGCCAGGAUCGCCCAAGAAGGCUUGUCUAUUCGAAGCUCCUGCGUACAUAGAGAGAACCAUCAAGGACGGCCCGGACGAAGAUGGAGAUGACUCCGUCUUCGAGAAUUCGCUACACGCCGAUAAGCCAGUUUGCGAACAGGAACCGAGAUCAGACAAGCACAUUAUAAGGUGGCUAUCGCAGGAUGAUGAUGAUGGAGUUGAUGAAGGGCGCGGGGGAUUGCUGGAGCCACCGGCGACACCAGUUGCUAAGGAUGAACUGGCGUUGAGGAGGCACAGAUUUUUUUCUGACUUCAUCGACGCCACGAAGAAUACGGCAGAACACAGAGUGAGAUUCGAUCCACUCGGUCCAUUGAUUCAUCCUGGUUGUGAUACGGAACGAGAGGAUCAUCUGGAGGAGUUGGUAACUCGCUUGGAGAACGUGACUAAUCGUCUUGAAGUGCUUCCCACGAAAUUAUUUAUUUUGACUCAGGAAGCAGGUGUUCAAACUCAGAAUUUCUCGCCAAAGAGAUCCGAUCACUCCAGCCCAGAUACAAUCUCCAUCGAGAGCGUUGUAGAACUAGGAAAUCGUGAUUCUGAAGAGUUCAGCGCUGUUCCAGUCAUCAUGUCGAUUAACGAUUACAUUGAUAUUCUCAAUGGACCUGUUGCCGAGUACUUGCAGCUGAGCCAAACAAUUGGAGGUGAUGUUGCUCCCCACAGUAAGCUCGUGGAAAAAGCUUUCCAGAUUCAACUGGAAUUUCUGCGGACGGCGACUAGUAGUCCCCCUGCGAAUCAGUCAGAGGAAAUGGCCCUCCUGUCCCCUACGUCUUUGCAAAUACAAGCAAUCCAAGAGUAUCGUGAAAAGAAUCGUGGCUCCCAAUACUUUAAUCACUUAUCGGCAAUAAGCGAGAGUAUUCCUGCGCUUGGAUGGGUUGCGGUAUCUCCAACUCCUGCUCCGUAUAUUAAAGAGAUGAACGACGCCGGACAGUUCUACACCAAUCGUGUGCUCAAAGACUGGAAGGAGAAGGACAAGACGCACGUUCAGUGGUGCAAGGCGUGGGUACAGAUUCUGACUGAAUUGCAAAAAUACGUCAAGCAGCACCACACAACGGGGCUUGUCUGGGCUAAGACUCGCUCGGGCGCACCUCCACCACCCCCUGGUGCGAUGCCACCACCGCCACCGUGCAUGCCUCUGGGCGAUUUAAAUUCAGCAGCAGGUAAUGACGACAGGAGUGCGCUGUUUGCCCAGAUUAACCAGGGCGAGAAUAUCACCAAGAGUCUUAAGAAAGUUACGUCGGACAUGCAGACACAUAAGAAUUCCUCGUUGAGGACCGGUCCGGCGCCGUUCAAAGCACCGGUCGUUUCGAAUUCGAGCAGUUCACCAAUGAAAAUUGUACCUCCAGCCAGUCAGCCCAUUGACAAACCCCCAGUUUUCACGCGGGAUGGGAAAAAAUGGCUCAUAGAAUACCACAAGGGCAAUAAAGAUCUCCUUAUUGACAACCCGGAAAUGAACAACGUCGUUUACAUGUACCGAUGCCAGGAUAGCACCCUGAUUGUCAAAGGGAAGAUUAAUUCAAUUGUCAUGGAUUCAUGCCGCAAAUCUUCAGUUGUAUUCGACUCUGUUGUCUCCAGUAUUGAAUUUGUUAAUUGCCAAAGCGUACAAAUGCAGGUUCUUGGAAAAGUACCGACAAUUUCAAUAGACAAGACUGACGGCUGCCAGAUGUACCUCAGCCCUGAGUCUUUGAAUGUUGAGCUCAUUAGCAGCAAAUCCAGUGAAAUGAAUGUAAUGGUACCAAAAGGAACUGAGGAUUACGUGGAGUACCCAGUGCCAGAGCAAUUCAAGACCACCGUAAGCCCUAAGGGACUCAACACAAUAGCAGUUGACGCACUCGGCUAAAUUUGAUAUUAAGUAAUAAGGUUUUCAAAGUUCCCAAAAUAAUUGUAAUGAUUCUUUUUCUCUACUAAUGAUAUUUUAUACGAACUGUGUCAUGAGAUAUGAGACGCACGAUCUUUAGUUGAAAAAAUCAUCAAUAAUAAUCCCAAUCUACAAAGAGACUAAUAAAAAUAUGACAACUCCAAUUAUUUCGCAUUUUCAGUGAGUGCCCAAUAUUCAUAUCAAUGAUUUUGUCUGCUGAAUUCGGGAUAAAGAUUUUUUAAAAAAUGAAUUCCUUUCCAUUGAGAAUUUUUUGAGACAUUUUUAGAAAAUUUUAGUUUUUUAUAUUCAAUGAAAGCUAUAUAAGUUCUUUAAUGUUUAUGUUCCGAAUAAUUUGUGAAAUGUAAUGAAUAACCCAAACGAUAUGUGCAUGGGGCAUGAAGCAAGUGAAUUAAUCCAUCCUCAGUCUGUAUUUGCACAGUUAUUUAUUCUCAACUAUACCUCUGAACAAUAAAUCGGGAGAAACGAUUA